AUGAACGUUGAACGAGAAACUAAAGCAAAAGAAAUUCUAUCGAAGGAUGUAAAACCCGUUGGUCGUUUCUGGGUAACUAAGUACAAGAACGAGGCGGCAAAAAAUUGGGAUUUAUUCUAUAAGCGAAACAAGACAAACUUUUUUAAGGACAGGCAUUGGAUAAGUCGCGAAUUUGAGGAAUUGAGUUUGCAAGAAAGUGAUGAGGAUGUUGCAAAACAACAAAAAGUAGUUUUGGAAUUAGGCUGUGGCGUGGGGAAUUUUAUAUUUCCGAUUCUUGAUGCAAAUCCUUUUGUUUUCAUAUACGCGUGUGAUUUUUCGAAACGGGCUAUUCAAUUUAUUCAGAAUCACGAAAAGUAUAAGGAGACGCGGUGUCAUGCUUUCGUUGCUGACAUUACAAAAGAUCCGUUAAAUUUACAAAUAUAUUCAAACAGUGUGGAUAUAGUCACGGCGAUAUUUGUCGCAUCUGCUAUUCCACCGGAGCAACAUUCGCAGAUGCUUGAGAACAUCAAAGAUGUGAUGAAGCCGGGAGGUAUAGUUUGUUUUCGUGAUUAUGCUAUUUACGACGAGACACAACUACGAUUCUCCGCGGGCGGAAAUCACAAACUAGAGGAAAAUCUAUAUGUACGACAAGACGGUACAAUGUCAUAUUUUUUUUCGAUAGAAUAUUUAACGCAACUGUUUGAAAAGCACGGAUUCAAAAAAAUAUACGCGGAAUACGUCGAACGCGAAACUACAAAUAGAGCACAAGAGUUGACGGUAGAUCGUGUCUUUUUGCAGGCUAAAUUUGUAAAGUUGUAA